AUGACAGGCAAAGAACAAAAUACUCACCAGAUUCUCCCCAAAGCUUCCUCUAACGCUCUACAAACAGUACAAUCAGAACAAUAUGAUUAUCUUGAGGACCAAAAUGUCGAUGAGUUAAUUUGUUCAAUUUGUUUGUUUCCGUUUGUUGAUCCAAUUUCACAUAGUACAUGUGGAAAUACCUUCUGUUCAACAUGUGUGGAAAAGGUUGUGAAUUGUCCAAUGUGUGGUGAAGAUGAAUUCAAGAAGAAUUGUUCACCAAGUGCAAAGGUGGUCAUAAACAUGUUGGAUAAAUUGAAAGUUAGGUGUGGAAUGUGCAAGACAAUUGUCCCAAGAGGCGAACUGAAAGACCAUCAAGACAAAUAUUGUCCACUCCAUGGAGCCUAUCAACAAGUUGAAGAAUUAAAGAAGAAGUUGGAAGCAGAACACCUUGAAAAGCUUGAGAUUGCUCAAAAAGAACUUGAAGAAAAGAUGAAAAGUUUGCAAGUAGAUCAUGAACAAUAUUUGCAAAAAGCACAAGAGAAUUUGACAAGGAGAGAAGAGGAAUUACUCCAACAAGCAAAGAAAAAAGAAGAAUUGUUGGAAAACCAAAUGAAGGAACUUAAAAAUCAAGUUGUGGCCAGAGAGAAAUUUGAAUCAACCAACAAACCUAUCCAUUUAAAUGUUGGUGGAACUAUUCUUACUGUUUCAUUGGGAGCUUUUAUUCACAAUGAAAGAGAACCUGAUAAUUUAUUCAAGAAAAUGUUCACUGGCGAGUAUCCAUUGUAUCAAACUCCAUCAAAGAAAUUCAAUGAUCCUAUUUAUUUCAUUGAUUGUGAUCCAGUUAUUUUCAAACUCAUUCUUGAUUGGUUGAAAUUUGGUAUCAUUGGAAAUGAAUUGAGUGAUGACAUGAAACAAUCACUUUUAUGUUCUUGCAAUUCGUUCGGUAUUGAAAAUAUAACCAAACAUUUAAAGGAGAAACACAAACAAGUAGCCAAGAUGUCACAAUUUGACUUUAUGAAUGUUGUCAAUCUUGCAAGAAGUCAAAAAAGCAAACUAAAUUUGAGUGGCCUUGAUUUAAGAAAAUUAGUGUUAAACAGUACGGAUUUGAAGAAUGCAGAAAUUCUUGGAUCUGACUUCAGUGGAAUGAAUUUGAAAAACACUGAUUUCAAAGGAGGAAUCUUGAUAGGAUGCAAUUUCAGUAAUUGCACUUUAACAAGUGUAAGAAUUCAAGAUUGUAAUUUGGAAGGAUGUGACUUUUCAAAUACUAUCUUUAAAAAUACUGACAUUUUGAAAAACAAUUUGUCAGGUGCCAAUUUUGAAAAUGCUCAAUUUGAAAAGUGCAAAAUUCAAUGGCAUUUUAAAAAGGGAAGAGAUAAUAAUUUGAAAUAUUGUAAAUUUGUUGAUUGUAAUUUCGACGGAUCAAUAUUUGAAGAAAUUGAUUUUUUUGAAUCUAUUUUAUCAUCAAGUAAUAUAUUUAAUACUGGAACAAUCAAGAAUGCAGAUUUAAGACAAUGGAAAGAUUUAUCCAAAUUCAAAGAAAUGAAAUUUGAUUCAUGUGUGUUUAAUUUUACUGAAGAAACAACAAAGGAUAUCAUAGUUCCAUUUGAAUGUGAUAUUAUUGACUUUGAAACCUCUUUGGCAUUAUAUUCACAUACUGAAAGUAAAGCAAUUCCUCAAUUACUAUAUAAGGGAACAAGAGAUGGAUUUAAUGGUUAUUCCUUUCAUCCUAAAUGUGAUAAUCGCGGCCCAACAUUAACAAUUAUCAAAUCAGAACAUGACCAAAUAUUUGGUGGAUUUACCUCUAAACCUUGGACAUCAAACAGAUCACCACAGACCUAUGUUUCAGAUGAAUCUGCAUUUAUUUUCAAAAUUGAAAAAGAUUCAACAAAUCAAAAUUAUCAAUUUAGAAAAUUCAAUAUCAAACAAGAUAAGAAACAAUAUGCUAUUAACGUUUUUGAAGGUUUUUUGCCAAAGUUUGGGGAAGACAUUUAUAUUUGCAAUGAUUGUGAUUCUCAAAAUCAAUCAUAUUCAGGAUUAGGCUAUGCUUAUGAAUCACCAAACAACUUUUCGAGCAAUGAGACACAAAGCUAUUUGGCAGGAAGUUCCCCUUUCAAAGUUAAAGAAAUAGAAGUUUUUCUUAUUAAAAAUUAUUAA